AUGCCCCCCAAGCGAAGACGACCUGGAGAAGCAGCACAGGUAACGCAACCACCGACGAUCGACCCCAGCGCGCAGUCACCAUCCGCCGUCACCCGUGCCGGUACCACGCGACAGACGCCCGUAUACCCACCUGCGAUACCGGUUUCCAGCCCGCCCAAGCCGGCUGCCGUCGCCGCCGCUCCCGUCGCCACGCCUGUGCCCCUUCCCAUCGUCCCGGGACAAGCACCCUCGCCUCCCAAGCCUGGCGGUGUGUGGCCCAGGAGCCCGCCCGCCACACGCGUGCCGCUGCCCCCCGUGCCGUCGGCCCCCGGCGGACCAGUGCACCUCGAGUCGCCACUGUUUCCCAGACGAGACGCCCGUGUGAUGGGCGGCGAUACGGGAAAGGGGGAUGUGCGCCCGUCUGCCCUCGUCUCCCCGGAGACUCCAUAUCACAUCGCGUUCCCACACCAAAAAGGCAGAUUGCCAACAUCCUCACUGCCCAACCACCACGGCUACCUUGCGACGGCAUCUCGAAUCGACAUGGCGUCGAGUCCUUCCAACGUCACUCCCGUGCUGCCCCCGAAGCCCCCGAAGCUGGCCGCUGCCGGCAAGCCGCCGCUCAGUGCCGAUCGCAACAUUGACAAGGUCGUUCUUGGCAACCUCUGCUUCAAGACAUGGUAUCCCAGCUACUACGGGAAGGAGGUGCUGGGCGACACUUCUGGGAACGCGAGAAAUGGGGGCAAGGACAACACUGCCGAACCGGGUAAAACCUAUGGCAGGAAGGAUCGCGAGCAAGCCCCCAUGCUCGAGAGACUGUACGUUUGUCCCAGCUGCUUCAAGUACGCCAAAGAACUUGUGGCUUGGUGGGGUCAUGUCCGGUCCUGCGAGCUCAAAGGCCGUGUCCCCGGCAAGCGGGUGUAUACUCAUCCCCGAGGUCGUCGCAAGAUUCGUGUAGCACAUGACGGAAAAGGCCCUGGCCCUAAGAAGCGCCGAGGUGACGGUGGAGUGCGAUACAUGGAGCAGAUUGUGCAGGACGAAGGCGAAUGGAGUGUCUGGGAGGUGGACGGAGAAGUUGACAGAUUGUUUUGUCAAAACCUGUCACUUUUUGCCAAGCUAUUUCUUGACAACAAGUCGGUGUUUUUUGACGUGACUGGCUUCAACUAUUUCUUAUUAGUGUACACACCCCCAUUCAAACCACCAGUGGGCAAUGAGGCCCCUGAGGCCCCCGUCCCGCAAGUGACUGGAUUCUUUUCCAAGGAAAAGAUGUCGUGGGACAAUAACAAUCUGGCGUGCAUCUUGGUCUUUCCGCCGUGGCAACGCAAGGGCCUAGGUGCACUUCUCAUGGGUGUCUCGUAUGAGAUUUCACGACGAGAAGGUAUCCUCGGCGGCCCUGAGAAGCCCAUUUCUGAUUUAGGGAAGAAGGGGUAUAAGAGGUUCUGGUCGGGCGAGAUCGCGCGGUGGCUAUUGAGCCUCGAGGUACCCCAGAUUCCACCGCCCGGCAUGGAGCUCAUGGUCGACGUCAACGACUGCAGUGACGCUACGUGGAUCACGCCUGAGGACUGCCUCGGUGUCCUUCGCGACAUGGGCAUCCUGGAAGACGCCGGUGUCGGCCUCGGAAAGCCGGUUAUGCGAGAAGACACGAACGAGGUAGAGGAGCAGGAUGAGUUGGCCAAGGCGGACGAGGCGAGCUACGAGCACACCGAAGAGAAACCCAGGAAGAAGAAGCACGCGACCCCGGUACCACCGCCGCCUCCUCCUCCUGUGCCCAAAUCGCCUGUGCACAUGGAACUGGGAAAGCCUGUCCCGCGUGUGCGCGUGGACAAGGAGCAGAUCCGACGUUAUGUCGCGCAGCACCGGAUCGACUUGGAAAAGACGUGUGACGCGACUGCGUUUGCGGAGGGCUAUGCGCUGAAGACUCGAGAUGUCACGGUGGAAUGA